AUGGCGGCAGUGCUGACCAGGGCUUACGUCCAGUCUUCUCCUCAUACACGGGCCAUCUUCAAGGCAGUGUUGUUGGAGCGAUUGAUUCCAUUACUUGGACAGGCAUCGCAGACUGGUUCCGGGAGCGUGAACAUACUCCCGCUAUUCUAUUCAUACUCGAUCGACUUCAUGUCUGCCUUUGUAUUUGGGCUUCCGGGAGGGCAUAGGCUGCUUGAAGAUACAGAGGAUAGGGAGAAGUGGCUUACCCUUUAUUACACCGUCUUCAUGUCCAAUGCCCCGGCCUUAUUAGGUGAAUUCAAAUGGAUCACCAGGGCAUUAACAGUCUUCAAAAUACGUUUGCUUCCAAAAGAUCUUGCAAAACUGAGGCAGCAUAGUGAGGACUGGACAAGCCAGAACGUGAGGCUGGCUGAACACAGAUUGCAAUCACACUAUGCUCUGGGUGAGCCUUGGGCGCCAGGAGACCUCCCUGUACUCUACAGUGCUCUUAGGAGUAGCAUUGCUCGAGACGCCGGCGUCGAGGAGACUUUCACCCCAAGUGAUGGACAAUUUCGGGAGCUAGCCAGCGAAUGCCUCGAUCAAAUAGGUAUGAUACCACCCGGUUCCAUUCAUACCAUUCUUGCUUGUACACUAAUUGGAUGA